AUGGAUUACAUAUCGAGUUUUGAUAUUAGGCUAAAUAAGGAUGUUUAUUAUGCGGGUGAGACGAUAAGCGGAAGUGUUUUGCUCGAAAACUCGGAGAAUAUCAAAAUUAAAGGAAUCCGCGUUUUAUUACGCGGGAAAGUGCAUGCGACUUUGAAAGUUGUGAAAUCUGGAGAACGACGGACCCUUAAAGACGAUCAAUAUAUUCUUGAUGAGAAGCAAUUGUUGUGGGGAAAAGACAAAAACGAUGAAUCAGAAAGCUGCCCAAUUUUGGCUCGCGGAGUCCAUCAAUUCUCAUUCAAUUUCGAUCUACCCCAAUCAUCUCUUCCAUGCUCUUUGGAGAGUCGACAUUGCACGAUUCGAUAUUAUUUCAAGGUGAUCAUAGAUAUACCUUAUGCUUCAUCUCCACAGGGAAUCAAGUAUUUCACCAUAAUUGGACCUCAUAUUGAUAGCAUGGAAGAGAAAUUUCUGAGUCCAUUAACAGCUCAAGAUCGCAAGGUUAAUUGCUGUUGGUGUUGUCAGCGGGGCGCGAUCGCACUGCGAGUUGUUCUCGAGCGAACCGCGUAUGUAUGCGGCGAGAACAUCCGAGUUCGUGCUCACAUCGAGAACCGCAGCACCUCGCCUCAAUCGCUCGUCGUCCGACUCGUGCAGCACGUCGAGAUUUUCGUCGAAAAAGGACUUCUCGGAGAGAACAAAAUGAUGUCGUGCGUCGUCUUUGAGCACAAAUCGCCGUCGGUUGCGCCGAACUCGCAAGGCAAAUAUGAUUCAACAUUAGAGCAGCCGAUUCGUCUUCCAGUGGUCCCUCCAACACUGGUUGGAGUGUGCCGCCUCAUCCAAAUCUAUUACAUCCUUCGAGUUUGCAUGGAAGACGACAAAUCCAAUGAAUGCCUUCAUUUGGAUUUCCCGUUGACGGUGGCGACGAUUCCCUACAGGAUACCAAAUGCUUCUCCGCCGCCGGUUGACUAUGAUUUCUGCUCGAAUCAUGUUGAAGGCGGAAAAUAUGUUUCGCCAGAAUUUCGACUCGGACAAGUUUACGAUGGUGAUGGAGACGAGGCGAUUAAAGAGGAAGAAAUUGUUCUUUAUCGUCCAGUUUAUGUGAAAUUGUCCGAACGUCGUUUGGGAUCACCGCAUAUUUCGAAAGAUUUCCGAUCAGGAUCUUUUACAAGAAUCGCCGAUUCGAGUUUAGCACUAGUCACCGAACCGAAUGGAUCUCGUCGACGAAGUGUCGUGAUCGCAUCGAAUCCAAAUUUGGCGAAUCGUGAAUCUUUCGACGAGAAAUUGAUUGCGAAUGGAUCGCAUGAAGCCGAUCCUUUGGUGACUUGA